CAUCUCAGCCUCAAUUCCCACCGAUACAAGGAUCGACACCAUGGCUGAAUCCGCCAAUAACACCAACGGCUCCGGCCUCGGCUCUAUCCCCGGCCCAUCAAUCGACACGCAGCUCCUGGAAACCUUCAUCCCAGGCUAUGGGCUCGCCUCGCGCAUCCUCGCUACAUAUUUCCAUCUCGACCUCAGUAGUUACAUUCCCGCGCUGAUCGCCGGCGGUAUUAUCUUCGCCGUCGCCAAAUACCUCUACCACUGGCUCUACAGUCUCUUCACAGACCACUUCAUUUCCACCGCAGAGAUCCGCCUUGACGAUGAAAUCUACACGUACCUCAUGUUCUGGAUGGCGCGGCAGUCAUUCACAGCCCGCACGACGAGUUUCGUUGCCGGGACCAAGCUGAGUGGCGGAAAUCGGUACUACUCAGACGAUGAGUCUGGUUCCGAGGCCGAAGAUGAAGAGGAAGAUGGCGAGAGCUUCGACGACUACUGGUCGCGCACAAUCAACCGUGACAAGUACAAGAAGCUGCGAUUCACUCCAUCGCAGGGCACUCAUUAUUUCCGGUAUAAGGGGCAGUAUAUUGCCUUUUCGCGGGAGCGUCAGGACAGUGGCAAGAAGUCUUCUUUCGCCAGCGUCAUCCCAGAACGGCUCUACUUGUCUUGCGCGGGUCGCAAUCCCAAUGCUAUCAAGGACCUUUUGGCCGAAGCGCAGCGCGCAUAUGUUGCCCGCGAUGGUAUCCGCACGGUCAUCUACCGCGGGCAGAAGGGUUCUGGAGAUUGGUUCGACUGGGUGCGGUGCAUGGCUCGGCCGCCUCGUCCGCUGAGCACGGUUAUUCUCGACACGGAGCAGAAGGAUGCGUUCAUUGCUGAUAUCAAGGACUACUUGCAUCCGAAGACGCGGCGAUGGUAUUCAAACCGUGGGAUUCCGUACCGUCGGGGUUAUUUGCUGCAUGGGCCUCCUGGAACUGGAAAGACUAGUCUUUGUUUCGCAGCGAGUGGUUUGCUUGGACUACCGCUUUACCUGCUGAAUCUGAACUCGAAGAGUCUGGAUGAAGACAGUCUUAUGAGUUUGUUCUCGGAGUUGCCGAGACGGUGUAUCGUUCUUCUCGAGGAUGUGGACAGCGCUGGUAUCACCAAGAAGCGCGAAGAAGACAGUACCUCCUCCUCCAGCAACAGCAGCAACGGCAAGGACGACGACGACAACGACGACUCUACACAUCCAGACGACGAGAAAUCCGCCGGUCUCUCACUCUCUGCACUUCUCAAUGUCAUUGACGGCGUCGCAGCAAGCGAAGGCCGCAUUCUCGUCAUGACAACCAACCACGCCGAGAAACUCGACCCAGCCCUCCUCCGCCCCGGCCGCGUCGACAUGACAGUGACAUUCGGCUACACCUCCAAGGCCGACAUCGAGAAUCUCUUCUCUGCAAUUUACUCUACCCUCGAGGGCGACUGCGGUACCAAGAAGCAGCGCCAGCAGCAGUACCAGAAGAGGAAGGAAGAAUUGGCCAACGGAAAUGGCGCUGCUGUGGUUGCUCAUGAGAAGAAGAAGGCUGAGAUGAAUACUCACCGUAUUGCGAGAUUGGCAGCUGAGUUCUCUGCGAGGGUCCCUGGGGGGGAGUUCACGGCUGCUGAGAUCCAGGGGUACCUGUUGAAUCAUAAGCAUGCGCCGACGGACGCCAUUGAGGGAGCUGGCGAGUGGGCGGAGAGUGUGCUGAAGAAGAGGAAGGCAUAAUGACAUUGUAUUGAGACGGCAUUGCAUUUAGCACAGGGUUGUACUAUAAGCAUAAUAACGAAUGGACAUGAUAUCAUAUAGCAUUGGAAUCUAUGCAGUCCAGUCACAC